AUGGAUGUAAAUGUUGCUGUAGUAGAAGCAGGGAAGAAAUUAGGAUACUAUCCAUUGAAAGACGAACAAACACUCUGCAUCAGCAAGUUUGUCGAAGGAAAUGAUGUUUUUUGUGUCUUACCCACCGGUUUUGGAAAGACAGCCUGCUUUGCUUGCUUGCCACUUGUUUUUGACUUGUUACACAGCAGGGGUAGUGAAGAGAAGUCUAUUCUCAUUGUCAUUAGUCCACUCACAGCACUCAUAAAGAAUCAUGUUGAGACACUGAGGAAGAAAAGCCUUGAUGUUGGUUAUUUAGAUGCUGACAGUACAAUUGAAGUUAAAUCUCAUGUGCUGAAGGGGAAAUAUAGUAUAGUGCUUUUGAGUCCAGAAAUGUUGCUAGGUAAAUGGAGAAGUCUUUUUAUGAAUAAAGUGUAUCAGAGGCGUUUAAUUGGUCUUGCUAUUGAUGAAGCACACUGUGUUGUUAAAUGGUAA